CUGUCAAGCUCAAACGUUCUAAAGAACGCCCACCAGCGUUAAGGUUAAUCGGCGCGAAAGGCACGUUAAUGUUGCACAUGGGUGGGAAGACUUCGCCGUGUCACACGGUGAGGAGGGUACAGAGUUUAGUGCCGUGUAGUGAAAUCUCGACAUUUUCGUCGAUGUUCGAACUGUUUUGAAGUAAACGCCACUGUCAUGUGUUGCCCAAAGAUUUGACAAAGUAUUUGUGUCCACAAGAGAAUAGUAUGAGUUCACCCGAGAAUCUUGAUCUCGCCCUUAAAGAAUUUACUUUCGAAGAAAACAAAGGCACAUUGCACUCCCUGACUGUGUUCAUUCCAGAGGUUCUGGACCCUCAGUAUGGCAUGUACGUGUUGGUAAUAAGCAAACUUAAUGGUUUCAGGUUCUGGACCCUCAGUAUGGCAUGUACGUGUGGCCGUGUGCCGUGGUUCUGGCCCAGUACGUGUGGACCCAGAGGGGUGAGAUCAAGCACAAGACCAUCCUUGAGCUUGGUGCCGGAGUGAGCUUGCCUGGUGCAGUCGCGGCAAAGUGUGGCGCCACAGUGAUACUGUCAGACAGCGCGGAGCUCCCCCGUUGCCUUGACAACUGCCGGCGCACCUGUGAGGCGAACAGCCUGAGAGAGGUGGGCGUGGUGGGCCUCACGUGGGGACAGGUGUCACCCGAACUCAUUGCCCUCCCGCCGCUACACGUCAUCCUUGGUUCCGAUGUGUUCUACGAGCCUGACGACUUUGAGGGUGUCCUCGUGACCGUGACGUUCCUUCUGAGGAGGAGCCCAGGGGUUCAGUUCUGGACCACAUACCAGGAGAGAAGUGCUGACUGGUCCAUUGAGGCACUCCUGCACAAGUGGAGACUGAGCUGCAGACUCGUCCCCCUGGACUCGUUCGGAGCGCAGAGCAGCCAGAUCGGCAGGUCCACGCUACCAGGCAGCCACGUCGUACAGAUGAUGGUCAUCACUGCCCAAGAACCAGAGCAGGAGGCACCAUUGUGAUGUCACUACUACCCAACACUCCAUACCCCACAGUGGUCACCAUAGCGAUGAAGUCAACACUCCACAAGACCCAGGACACUAGAUGGAACACCAGAGUGAUGUCAUCACUGCCAGGACAACAGGGGACACCAGACAUUGUAUGAAAGUGUGCCAUGUGAAUGAAAUAUCAUGCAAAUUGAGCCUUUUUGUUGAAGAGAAUAAUGUUUGUACUUUAUUCAACACAGACAUUGGUCAAAAAAAUUUAUAAUAAAACACCUUUAAGGAAAAAAAAAAAGUUGACACAUAAAA